AUGCCACAGCGUCGAAAGCCAAUAUCUAUCUAUCUAUCUAUCUAUCUAUCUAUCUAUCUAUCUAUCUAUCUAUCUAUCUAUCCCAGUCUGUCCAUAUCUAUCUAUCUAUCUAUCUAUCUAUCUAUCUAUCUAUCUAUCUAUCUAUCUAUCUAUCUCAGACUGUUCAUAUCUAUCUAUCUAUCUAUCUAUCUAUCUAUCUAUCUAUCUAUCUAUCUAUGUUUAACGUACAUCUAUCUAUCUAUCUAUCUAUCUAUCGUCUGUUCAUAUCUAUUUAUCAAUCUAUCUAUCAAUCUAUCGUCUGUUCAUAUCUAUCAAUCUAUCUAUUUAUGUAUUUUAUGUUCAUAUCUAUCUAGCAAUCUAUCUAUUGUCUGUUCAUAUCUAUCUAUCUAUCUAUCUAUCUAUCUAUCUAUCUAUCUAUCUAUCUAUCUAUCUAUCUAUCUCAGUCUGUUCAUAUCUAUCUAUCUCAGUUUGUGCAUAUUCUAUCUAUCUAUCUAUCUAUCUAUCUAUCUAUCUAUCUAUCUAUCUAUCUAUCGUCUGUUCAUAUCUAUCUAUCAAUCUAUCAAUCUAUCGUCUGUUCAUAUCUAUCAAUCUAUCUAUUUAUGUAUUUUAUGUUCAUAUCUAUCUAGCUAUCUAUCUAUUGUCUGUUCAUAUCUAUCUAUCUAUCUAUCUAUCUAUCUAUCUAUCUCUUUAUGUAUAUUUAUUUCUCUAUCUCAGUAUGUUCAUAUUUACCUCUCUGUAGACUGUUCAUCUAUCUAUCUAUCUGUCGAUUUCAGUUACUUACUUUGUGUUUUCAUACUGUGUCAUUCUUUCUUUCUUUCUAUUCUCUUUCUCACUUUUUUCUUUCUUCUCUUCUGUUUUCAAUCAACUCUCGACCUUUGA